AUGGCCGCCGCGCGUACAGAAAAAAGGCACAACUUGCCUGAUACCCCCAAGGAACUCUUGAUUCAAUUUGAUCACACGGAGAAUUCUCCGAAAACACGCGAUGACUCCAUGAUCGACGCGUUAUCCACGCACAAAAAUCAACACACAUUUUGGCGGCGUUAUAACAGCUGUACAUCAGUUUUCCCAAACUUGAAGGAGUCGAAAAAUGACCAAGCUGAUCCUUGGGAUGAAGAAAUUGAUUUUUUUGAGACGCUGGAUGACUCGGCCUGGCAAUUACUGGACGAGACGUCCAACAACAGCAUGAGCUCUUCUGAUCCUAUUGAUAGUAUGAAUGUACCAUGCUUUCAAAGGGCUAGCGGCAAGCGUAUCGCGCGUCCAAAUGCAGAAGCUAUGAAACUAGCUGCCAAGCGGCUCCGACUCGAUGAGUGGGACCAGUCAGAUACCCCUUCCGUUAAGGCAGACAAUUUCUCGAUACCCCAACAACAGGGCCACUUUGUUCCAUUGACAGUCGCCGCCACACCACCACGACCACGAACACCACUUGCAAAAUCACCCAUGUGCAGGCGAUCUUUUAGAAGUCCAUUACGUCCUAUCACACCACAACCCAAGCAAAUGUCCGUGGGUCUUAAUCCACGCACAUACAAGUCGGGUCUUUUGACGCCCCAAGGCCGUCCGCCUUUCAUAUCGCCUUUCAAAAAGGGUGUCAGUGCUACGUCAUUGCCUUCUGCGAGUCAUGCCUCACCUCCGAUGUUUAUUCUCAAGGCGCCUGAGAAACGAAUGUCUUACAAAGACGCCGGCAUUGUACCUUCUUAUUCACCAAGGCCUCAGGCUUCGUCAGACAUUCUGCAAAUUUUGCAGAAUCCAACUCAAGCAGCACAAUACGUGUUCCAUGGACAGCAUCAUAUACAGGGCCCAUCGGAAGCGUUGGAAGAGCUAGAGCGUCUUGGUGGUUUGCGCCUCACUCUCAAAUGGGUUCGGCAUCACUGGUCAUUGAUCUUGUGGAAGUUGGCAGCCUAUACGUAUUGGCGCCCAGGUAUGCAGCUAUGGUCUUUUGCUGAAUGCUUGCGCCAAUUGCGCUACAGAUACGAGCGCGAAUUUGUGCGCAAGCAUAAAAGUGCCAUCAAGCAAAUUCAGGAGCAAUUGUCCUCUUCUGCACGAUGUAUGGUGUUGUGUGUGCGACAGAUUCUUUUCUUUGACGAGGACGAGGGGACGUCGCUGAUGCUAGAACUGUCAGAUGGCUGGUACUGUAUCCGAGCUGAAGUUGAUGAACCGAUGCGUCGUGCUAUACAAGCUGGGAAACUGCGUGUAGGGCACAAGUUGGCGCUGAUGUGUACCAAGCUGCGGUCGUCGGGCGAGCCAACGGCCGUACUCGAUGCACUAUAUACUGCCGACCUGCAGCUGUAUGCAAAUUCUACCACACUUGCGCCUUGGGACGCAAAGCUUGGCUUUUAUGGCGGUUCAUUUGUGUCGAGUUUAUCGCGGCUUUUGCCAGAUGGUGGUGUGGUGGGCCGCGUUGAUGUGGUGAUUGAGCGUGUAUACCCUACAGGCUACAUGGAAGGGACGAUCGAUGCUCGAGGCACGGUUCAGUUUCAUGGCCAGCCACAGUACGGUGCUGCUGAGGAAGCUGAGCGAGAGGCACGGUGGCAUGGUCAGUAUGAAGCAGCGAAACUACAACUGAAUGCACGUGUCAAGCGCCUUAACAAGGCAGCCACCUGGCUUGAGACCCAGGUCGAAUCGGCUUAUGAAGAAAAGGACAUGCACGCGUAUAUCAAUGCGCUCGAAGAGCACGAUGAUCCAUCUUUGAUUCUGCGUGAUGCGCCUCUUUCAGGCGUACUUUACGCAGUACAAGAACGGCUGCAUGCCCUGAGCCAACCUAGUUAUGAGAUUCUGCCUCCGCGACAUACGCGUUCUUUCACGAUUGUGCGGGUGCGUGAGGCGCGACCGACGCGUCGGGAAAGCGGGCGUACUGUGCAGCUCACGGUCUGGAGGCAAGAAGGCACACCCUUGAUCAAGGAAGGUUCUCGCUACGAGAUCACGCAUCUUCUCCCUACUCAGCUACGGUCAUGGCGCCCUCGUACUCAUGUGGCGGAUGCAUUUUUGUCUACAACCCGAGAUACACAAUGGUACGUCCGCGGCACUUCGGGUGUGUCGACCGAGCGCGGCAGUGGAUGCUAG